UGCUCCGCGGGCGCUGCCGCGCGUUCCCCGGGGCCCGCGGAGCUGCCGGCGCUGCCCGGAGUUGUCCCGGGGCCGCGGGAUGGCGGGCGCCGCCCACUGCUCGCUGCAGGCCAAGCGCCUGCUGCUGGACCCCAAGUUCGAGGGGUACAAGCUGUCGCUGGAGCCGCUGGCCUGCUACCAGCUGGGGCUGGACGCGGCUGUAGCAGAAGUGCAGCUUCGUGAUGAUCAAUAUACCCUUGACCACAUGCGUGCUUUUGGCAUGUAUAAUUAUCUUCACCUUGAUUCCUGGUACCAGGAUAAUGUCUACUAUGUUGAUCAGUUUGGAAGGGUUAUGAACCUAUCAGUGACUCUGGACACUGCUCUACAAAAACCAAGAGAAGUUUUCAGGCUACCUACAGACUUGACUGCAUGUGAUAAUCGCCUUUGUGCCUCAAUGCAUUUCUCAUCCUCCACAUGGGUUACCCUUUCUGAUGGUACAGGAAGACUGUAUUUAAUUAAAUCAGGCAAGCGUGGAAGCAGUGCAACUGAAAAGUGGGAGAUUGUGUUUAAUGAAGAACUAGGAAGUCCAUUUAUUGUAGCACACAGUGUUUCAUUUGUAAAAUCUGAUGCACAUUCAGUAGCUGUGCUGCUGCUUAGGGUAGAAAAAGAUGAACUAGACACAAAAGGAAGUGGAUUUCAUGUUACUUUGGAAUGGGUUACAAUUGCAAAAGGAAAAGAGGGUGAUCAUAGAUACGAAAUCAUUAAAAGGAGAGUUUUGCAAGGAAAAUCAGUCCCCCAUUAUGCAGCAAUAGAGCCAAGUGGGGAUGGUCUAAUGAUUGUUUCCCACAAACCAUUCACAUUUAUGCAAAGUGAAAGUGACGAAUUAGAAGAAAAUCAUGAAGAAAAAGUAUCAAAUGAAAAGAAAGUUGUAGACCCUCUCUACUUCUGGCAGCAGACGGAAGAUGAUGUGACCAUAACAGUUCACCUGCCUCAAGACAUCACCAGAGAUGACAUAAAAAUACGUUUUUCCCCUGAUAAUAUAUGUGUUACACUGAAAGACCAGCCUCCUUUGAUGGAAGGGAAGCUCCAUUCAUCUGUGGACCACGAAAGCUGCACAUGGAUAAUUAGAGAGGACAAAAGUUUGGAAAUCUCUCUGAUUAAGAAAAAUGAGGGAUGCCGGUGGACAGAGCUAAUUGUUGGUGACACAAGAGGGGAAUUAAUUAUGGACCCCUCCCAAUGCGCUGAAAUAGCUGAAAGCCUGAUGCAUCUUACCUCUGAAGUAAUGAAUCCAAACCCCGAAAAGGAAAACCCACCUUGUAAUGCUCAAGAGUUAGAAGAAUGUGAUGCUUUUCUUGAAGAUGGUGCAAGCUUGAGCAGAUUUGAUGGUGAUACCUUGAAAGUCACUCAUAUAAUUAAUCUUGGAAGCAACCAGUAUCUUUUCUCUGUUGUUGUGAAUCCCAAAGAAAUGCCAUGCUUCUGCCUGAGGCAUGAUGUUGAUGCUCUUCUCUGGCAGCCUCACUCUGACCAACCAGAGAAUAUGUGGGAACACAUUGCAACUUUUAAUGCUUUAGGUUAUGUCCAAGCAUCAAAGCAAGACAAGAAGUUCAUGGCUUGUGCUCCAGAUUACUCCUAUGCUGCUCUUUGUGAGUGCAUGCGAAGAGUUUUCAUCUAUCGCCAGCCAACUCCUCUGGCCACAGUUCUCUACAACAGGAAGGAAGGAAGACAAGUAGGACAGGUUGCUAAGCAGCUGGUAGCAACCCUGGAAGCCAAUGAUCCUAUCUUAGGCUUUCAAGCUACGAGUGAGAGAUUAUUUGUCCUCACAACAAAAACCUUGUUUUUAAUAAAGGUGAACUCUGGAAAUUAAUUAUUCAGUGUGCUCUGCUGUAGUUUGUGUUAACAAUUUGUUACAGAAUUGAACAGGUUGAUGAUCUGACAAGUUCAGUACAAUUUGCUGAAAAUCAAAAAGGGGAUGUUUUACAGGGGAAUCAAAUUUCCUCAUUAGAAUUUUUCUGUAAGAAAGUGCAUUUUUUGACUUUGCUGCCUUGGAAGUAAGCUUUUUCAGAGCUAUGGGAAAAUGUCUUCUGCAUUAACAUAUUUGUCAAAAUAAUUGUCAGAUGCUGCUAUUGCAUAGGUGAAUAGAUUUAUGCAUUGCUUUUUCCAAGUGACUUCAUUUGCUACUUCUGAGUUUUGAGAAUUCAGUACUGUUUCUAAAUGCCACUGUUUACCUAUGAAAAAAGUAGUCAGAUAAAGAGUUACAAGUAUAUGAUAUGCCAAGUAGAAUGUAUCAUAAAGAAAAAAAAUCUCCAGUUCAAAUACGGUUGACCAAAAAAAUGAUUUGCUAUUUUGACAUUCAGUAGUUUUCAGUGAAAUGUGAGUGAAAUGAAUGGGGUAUUAUGUUUCUUAUACAGGUAAUAAAAUGGAGCAAUUUUA